AUGCAAGCGUACGGGGCCAGCGCGGCGGGGCGCAGAGCCUUUGACAGCAUCUGUCCCAACACGAUGCUGGAGCUGCGGGGCCCCUCCCUCUGCAAGCCCGGGAAACUAGAAAGGAAGUUCGCCCCUCCGCGGAAGUUCUUUCCUGCCUGCAGCGGCGGCACCCCGGUGUCGGUGUACGAGGACCCCCCAGAUGCAGAGCCCGCUCCGCUGCCAGCCCUCACCACCAUCGACCUGCAGGACCUCGCCGACUGCUCCUCGAUCUUCGGGUCAGACUCGCCGCCUAGUGGGAGUCCCGCUGUCUCGCAGAACUACCCCCUGCAAACGGCAGCAGACUACGAUCUGCAGGAUUUUAGAGAUACGGUGGACGAACUUAUUGCAGACUCAUCCUCUUUGAUGUCACCUCCCCUGGCCGGUGGAGACUUCCCAUUUUCUCCGUGCAAUGAGCUACCUUGUGGGCCCUGUCUGUCCCCACACCUGGAUGCCCCGGCCCUGCAGUCUCUGCCAUUGCGCCCUCACGUGCCCCCGCCCGAGCAGUACUGGAAGGAGGUGGCGGACCAGAACCAGAAGGCCUUGGGGGACGCGCUCGUUGAGAAUAACCAACUGCAAGUGACCCUGACCCAGAAGCAGGAGGAGAUCGCCUCGCUCCGGGAGCGCAACGUGCGGUUGAAGGAGCUCGCCAGUCGGACCCGACACUUGGCCUCGGUCCUGGAUAAGCUGAUGAUUACGCAAUCCCGGGAGGGCGGAGCGGCCGCCGAGCCCUUCCAGCUCAAGGCGACGGCCAAGAGGAGCCUGGAGGAGGUGUUCAGUGCGGCGGGGCAGGACUGCGAGGAAGUGGACGCCGUCCUGCGGGAGAUUUCCCAGCGCUGCGACGAAGCCCUGCAGAGCCGCGAUCCCAAGCGGCUCCGGCUCCAGCCCGCGCCCGGGCCCGCCAGCCAGGACUGCCGGCCCGGCAACCUGCACGGCGCGUUCCGCGGGCUGCGCACCGACUGCGGCCGCCCAGCGCUCAACCUGAGCCACAGCGAGCUGGAGGGGGGCGACUCGUUCAGCACCCACAUCCGCAGUCACAGCACCAUCCGCACCCUCGCCUUCCCCCAGGGCAACGCCUUCACCAUCCGGACCGCCAACGGGGGUUACAAAUUCCGCUGGGUCCCCAGUUGA